CAACAACAGUUAGUGAGCCACCACCGUAGCUUGCUAGUUAACAUAGCCGAAAGAUUCAGGCUCUUUAGACUUCGGUGUAUAUUAGCCACUGUGUUUUGAACACAGUUCGGUCGUCAAGCUAGUUUACCAUUUACAUUUCAUAUUUACGUUAAUAGUAGUUAGCUAGCUGGAUAGCUAAAACAGCCUAGCACUAGGCUAGUCGAUUUUAAUAAUGUGCUAACUAGCUAGCUAACAUCCGACCAUGAGCUCAUUAAGCUACUGCCCUGCUAAAGAAGAGGCAGUCUGCUGGACGGAGAAAGAGGGUCUUUGGCUGAACAUUGUCGUAAAAGAGGAGGAGGAAGAGGAGGCUGUCACAGUAAAAAAAGAGGUAGAGGGUGAGGCUGUUGCAAUGAAAGGUGAAGGAGCUCCAGUGAAGGAAGAGUUCAGAGUGAAAGAGGAGGACGUCGUCACUGUGAAAGAAGAGGGGGAAGAAAAAGUGGAGGGUGCCGUUUUUGGAGUGAAGGAGGAGAUAACUGUAACAUUGAAAGAAGAAGAGACUGGAGAUCAGAUUAAUAACGGAGAGAGACUAGACUCUCCCUCUGACAGCGAGAAGAGUCCUUCAGGUGAACCAGACCCAAAGACGUCCAAACCAGCAGGACGACACCACUGCUCCCAGUGUGGAAAGAGUUUUACCCAGUUAGGGAGCUUGAAAACGCAUGAGAGAAUACACACAGGAGAAAAGCCCUACCACUGCUCCCAGUGUGAAAAGAGUUUUAGGUGGUUAGGUAGUCUGAAAAAGCACGAGAAGACACACACACGAGAAAAGCCCUACCAAUGCUCCUUGUGUGGUCAGAGUUUUACCCAGUUAGGGGCCCUCAAUAAGCAUGACAGGACACACACGGGAGGUGAUAAGACCUACCACUGCUCCAUGUGUGGAAAGGUAUUUAACCGGUUAAGGCAUCUGAAUAAGCAUGAAAGAAUACAUACACAGGAGGAGAAGACAUACCACUGCUCUCAUUGCGGAAAGACAUUUUCCCAGUCAGAGGACCUGGAAUCACAUGAGAGAAUAGAGAGGCUGUGUUCUGACUUAUGUUUUUGACUGGGAAUUUGUGAUUUUGUUCAUGCUUCUGUCUAGCAACAGAGAUGCAUUGGCUGUUCAGAUGUGUAGGAGGAGACUCGGCAUAGGAGAAAGGGUUACAUAUCGGUGCUUGUGUGAAUAUGUUGUCGUCUGCACAGCUGUUUGACCCUUUGGGAUGAAUAAACUUGGUGUGAGCUUU